AUGACGGGGAUACGCUGGCCACCGGAGGAAUCCGAUGUUGUGCAUCCGUCUCGGGCGCCGGCUGCGGCGCCGGCCACCGAUCUGAUUUCGGACGACGACCGCUCUGUCGCGGCAGACUCGUGGUCCAUAAAGAGCGAAUACGGGAGCACGCUAGAUGACGAGCAGCGCCAAGUCGAUGCAGCGGAGCUCCUGUCCAGCUGUAACUUCCGCGCUUCCUCUGAUUACAGGUUAAGCAACGUCUCUCUCUCUCUCUCUCUCUCUCUCUCUCUCUCUCUCUCUCUCUCUCUCUCUCUCUCUGUGAAAUACUUGUGUUCUGUUUUUGACGUUUUGGAUCGCGGAUAUGGGUGUCGUACGUAUGUCAAUACUUCUGAUCUUUUGUUUUCUCGACGAUCUUAGAUUUCUGCUUUGUCAUUGGUUCUGCUUCCUUUUGUGAAGCACUCUGGCUUUUUGCUGGCUAAAGGUUCAUUCUUUGUCCUUUAACGUUGAUUGGCUUGAGUAAUGCCGAUAAACCUCUUCUCUCCUGCCGAGCAAUUUCCAGACUACCUACGUCGACCGUCUCUCUUCACAUGUUUCUUUUUGCUUCGUUUGCAUGGAUGUUGAUGGAAAGGUGGCGUGCUUUUGAUAAGUUUGUAUGUUUCUGAGCAGUUCGGACAAGGAUGAGCCUGAUGCUAAUGAGGUGGAGCCAUCGAUGUUGGGCUUGCAGAGCUACUGGGAUGCUGCAUAUGCGGAGGAUCUUGCAAACUUCCACCAGCAUGGCCAUGCUGGAGAAAUUUGGUUAGCAAGAUCACUUCAGAAUCUUUGAAAUUAUUUUGGGGUAAUGUUUAUGUUAAACACUGUCAUGCUAUUGCUAGAUUUUCCAUCUUAUUGCAGAUUCCAAUUGCAGCCUUAGGUACUUUACUUUUUAUCUUCAUUGACAAUAUGAAGGACUAAACAAAAUUUUGUAUAUUAGGAUUACUGCUUCUGGUCCAGUUUGUUAUGCACUUCACACCUUUUCUUUGAACGUAAGCUCUCUCUGGUGACUGCAUUGAUUUUGUUGUUUGGUAGAACAGAUUAUACUUUAAACCUUAUGCGCAGUUAAGACCCUUUUUCUACAGAUUUCUAUUUAUGCUUAAGGCUGUUGUGCUAUUACCAACGGCUAAGCUAGAGUGUCUCUCUUCCCAAUUUCACUCUUGUGGAAGAAUAACUGUUAAUUUUUUCCUGAGUAUGAUUUGGCAGCCUUGCCUUGAACGUGAAACUUGUUAUGCGUUGUUGUGACAGUGGUAUUGCUCUUUGACUCUAUCAAUGGUAUCUUUGAUGUUUCAAUAUGAUUACUUCUGGAGAAAAAACUCAUUUGACCAAUAUGGGAGGUUUUCGUCCAAAAUGUACUUCAAAUUACAAAUAUACCACCAGCAGUAACUUAUCUAAUUAUACCAGACACCUUGAAACAAUCCUUAUAGCCUCUUCAGACAGCCCAUAGGCCCCAAACCCCUGAAGAUCUACAGCCUCAUGCGACCUCAGAAAUCCUAAUAAAUUUACAUGGACGGUUCAUUUCAAUCCUCCAAAUUACUUUGAUGUGUCACAGUGCUCUCCCAAAUGGACCAACUUGUCAGGGUUCCUGACCUAUGCCGGGAAAGCCUGAACUUCAUUCUUCAGUGUAUGAUUGGAAUAAUUCUAUCUGUCCAAGAAAUACUUCUUUACUUACGCAUCUUUUUUGUUACUAUAAUUCCCUUUGCAUGUAUGCAUCUCCACAUUUUCUCUCCCUCGCUCAUUUUCUUUUUUUAGUUUUCGCGUUAUUUUAUUUUCCUUCUUGUUUGUGCUUUCAUUUUUCCUGAUGGCCCUUCCUGACAAAGAUUUUAUCUUUAUGAUUUCUGACACUGCUUGCGCUAAGUUGUCUAUGUUACUAAUAGCCAACCAAUAAUCUUAUAAUCUGACACACUUAGUUGGUAGUCGUCUUCACCUGCUGGUGACUGCUGGUUUUUUCCUUCCCACAUCUAGUGGAGUGUCCUCUUUAGGCUAGCAGAAAAUUGGAAAACGUUGUACCUAAUAUGGUAUCCAAUCCUGGAUCAUUUUUCAAUAUGACUAUAUUGGGGUUGACAAUGAAAUUCCUAGGUUACUCUUGAGUGCAUGCCCAAGGAGCUGAACCUUUACGAUCAGUUUAUCAAAUCCUACCAUGACUCGUAGCUUUCUUUGGGGACAAUAUAAAUGAUAAAUGCGGAGAUUUGUGUUUCAUAACACAAUUCACUGGAAACAUUUUUAUGAAAUAUUUUUUUUCGAAAUAAUUUAUCAUUAAAAUGGGACCAACAGUAUGUUAAAAAGUGGCUUCCAAUAAAGGUCAGCUUCAACUUGACGCUCCUUCAAUCGUUUACUUGUUUACAUUUUUUAGAAUCAAGUGUUCUGAAAUUUAUUUUUUUUGUCAGGUUUGGGACUGAUGUGAUGAAUACUGUAGCAGCCUGGACUAAGAACUUAUGUGCCAGCAUGCCUCAAAAUGUGAAUGUAGCAAAUGAUGUGGCUGUCAGGAACAACUCAGAUGAUCAUGCCGUUAAAGAUUUAUUCGGUUGGACCGUGCUUGAUAUUGGAACUGGAAAUGGCCUACUUCUGCAGGAAUUUGCAAAACAAGGGUAUGCUGCAGCUUCCUUUUAGUCUUCUUUGUAAAAAAAUUUAAAGCUUAGCUGUAACUGAUGUAGUUUAGAAGUGACUGCUUUGACCUUCUUGUUGUUCAUUUGGUUUCUUCCCACAAGUCAUAAACUAUUUCAGAGACUGAACUAUUUACCUCUGAUUGACCAGACUGAUAAUUUUCUCAGAAAUCAUACCUUUUCUGUGAUUGGGGUCUAUGCACAGGCCACCUCAAUAUUUUUCAUGCAUAAGAAAUGAUGCCUGGCGUCAGUCACUUUCCUUCAAUUUUCCGCCAAUCUAAUGAGUUGCUAUGUAGUUUUCUUACUGUCCCAUUUUCCCUUAUGUUUUCCUAAAGUUGGAAGUCUUUGAUCAACACAUUAUGUGGAAAACAAAUGUGAUAUAAGUUGUUGCUUAGCAGAGCAGCCUGUUACAAACAAAGGGCAACAUUUGAAACGAGGAUAUAGAAAACACACAAUCUCACAUGGUAAACAGAAUGAGUUGAUAGUCACCUAAUUGUAGAUGAUUAAAGAAAAAGAAGUGAGCUGUAGCCAUUCUUUUGAUCACUCUUCAACUUUCGAGCUGAUAACUGACAAUUGAUUAUGUGAAUUUUCAGGUUUACAGAUUUGACAGGAACUGACUACAGUGAAGGAGCGAUUGACCUUGCUCAGAGCCUUGCUACUCGUGCUGGAUUUUCCAGUAUUAACUUCGUGGUGCGCUCUAGAUCUGAUCGCAAUUUUAGCCUUUUACUGCCAGUUUUGGCAUGUUCUUACUUUUAUCAAUUGAAACUUUUGAGCUACAUUUAGGAUUUUUUUAAUCUUUACAACUUGCUCCCCUAUCUUAAAAAAAUAAAAAUAAGAAUCCACGAUUGCCUCCCUCCUCAAAGCGAACCUGUUCUCCUUUCCCUUCAUGAAAUUUCAAACAGGGCAAAGCCAUGGGCAUGAGAUGGAUUGACGUCUGAAUCAGACCGUGGAUUUGACCAGUUCAGAUACGAAGAUAUACAUUAAAAUCAUCCUCUUUCUUGUUAUAACGUUUGUUCUUCUGUGUUUAUAUGCGGUUGAAUCUUUCUCUCACAAGGAUUACACCAAAGUCCAUCUCAUAUACCUAUUAUGUUCCCUUAGAACUGCGGUUUGAAUUCCAUGAGCACAUCAAUAUUCUCAAACCCCUCCCUCCAUUUCAGGUUGAUGAUAUUCUCGACACAAAGUUAGAGCGGCAGUUCAAUCUUGUCUUGGAUAAGGGAACCCUGGACGCUGUUGGGUUGCAUCCAGACGGUCAUCUCAGAAGGUAAUACUUGCCAAAAUUUUGCUAAAAAUAUAGGACUGUUCUUUCUUUUCCCCCUCUCAGUUUAAUUUCUCCCAGAGAUAUUGAAUGCUCCAAUCCGGGCAGUGUAAAGAGAAACAGGCUCUCGAUCAUUCCAUCUUCAAUCAUCACUGCAAGCAUGCAAUCUCUUGUUGAUUUCAUGUUCCGGUAUGCUUUCAGGUUAGCAUACUGGGAAUCUGUCUCGAAGCUGGUCUCCCCCGGGGGUCUUCUGGUCAGUAUUCCUAGAGUAAUUUCUCCUUUUCUUCCAAUUCUCGAAGCAAGGUUCAGGCUUGAAUAGAUGGUGGGAACAGGCUCUUGGUAGAAUCUCGAUAACUACUAGACGAUUCCCCUCACCAUUUGAUUUCCUUUAGGUGAUCACAUCAUGCAACAGUACCAAGGAUGAACUGAUACAAGAGGCAGACAAUUUCAACCAAGGCCAGGCCGCCGCCACAGCCACCGCCCCCAGCCCUGCAGAACCUGACCGAGCUCCGUUCUUCCAAUACAUUGAUCACGUUAGGACCUACCCCACCAUCAUGUUUGGUGGCGUCGAGGGGUCCCGUGUGGCGACCGUCGCAUUCCGACGGCGUUCUGUAGUGUGA